AUGGAAAAGUUUGAGCAUCUAUCAAUCACCUCGACUCGUCCCAAGUGGGUAAGAAAAUACCCAGAGCCAAUCCCAGUUAUUAUACUUAUGAAUAUAUUCUCUAGACUCGAGGGAAAGUCUAUAGCUAGGUUUAGCUGCGUAUCGAAACUCUGGAGAAACAUACUCCGUCGUCCUGAUUUCACUGAGCUGUUUCUGACCAAGUCUUCCACUCGUCCAAGGCUCUUCUUCACCUUAGCAACCAUUGAUGACAAGUUCUUAUUCUACUCUUCACCACAGCCUCAAAAUCUAAACGAGGACUGUACCCUUGUAGCCACACGUUACCAUAAGUCAUUCCCCGAAUAUUUUCGGUCUGGUGACUGUUCUACAGCCUGUGGAUUGGCCUUUCUUCAUAGCCCUUAUAAAACAAAGAUGCAUGUGGUUUGUAACCCUAUCACAGGAGAGUUCCUAGCCUUACCCAAACUGACCUUAUCCCGAGUGAAAGCAAAGAGUAAACAAGCUUAUAAAGAGAAGACUAGAGCAAUCUUUUUGGGCUAUGAUCCCAUCAGCAAACAAUUCAAAGUGUUGUCUAUGGCCUCGUCACGUUGCAAAAGAGCCAACACUCAUCAGGUUUUGACAAUGGAGCCUGGAAAACGUUUGUGGAGAAGGGUCGAAUGCAAAUUCCACUUUAAAGUGACUUUUAGAAUACAUCGUGAAAUAUGCAUAAACGGUGUUUUGUAUUUCGGAGCUGAGGUGGGAGAAUACUGUGUGAUAGUUUGCUUCGACGUUAGGUCUGAGAAGUUGGGACUUAUCAACAUGAGCAAAGACAUGAUAGGAACAGAUACUUCUUAUGAAGACUGGCGUUUCACUUUGUUCAACUACAAAGGUAAAUUAGGUGUACGUCAAAAAACAUAUUGGGACAGAGAGCUCGUGUUGUGGGUUCUAGAAGAUGCCGCAAGUCAUCAGUGGUCCAAGCAGACCUACGCAUUGCCUCCAAUAAGCGGAAGCAGAAAAUGGAAUUGUAACUCUUGUUCACACAGCAAAGAAUGGUUUGUUGGAAUGACUGGUACAGGUGAAAUCGUGUUUUCGGCGCACAUCAACGAACCAGAGCUUUUCCGUGUCCACUUUUACAAUCUCGAGAGGAAAACCUUUACAAAGAGUCGAUAUUCAGGGGCUUGA